AGGUGGCGGCAAUACUCGCUCAAAAGGAGUGAACAAGAAUAAGAAGAUCUAUAAGAAAAGAAGAAGAAGGAAGCGCAGGUGACUGAGUAUCCACAUCUCAGGCCCGGAGAGGCGAGUGAAGUAAUCGAAAGCAAAACAAUCAAUUCGUGUUUUUCUGUUUUUGACAUAAGUUUCGGUUAUUUGACGUCUAAAGAACUCGUGAACGUUCGCUUUCAUUCUUGAUGUGGACGUCUUGGUGUAUAUGUAAACCAAAAUGGGCACAAAAUCCACAAAAUCAGCACUCAUUUUUCAGCGGAAAAAAUGUUGAAAAUAAGGGUCUUUGUUUUGCUCAUAUUGUGUCUACAUUUCUUCUCUGUCAAUGAUAUUGAUGAUGAUAGAGAUGAAGUGUCAGUGAUUGAGGGAGAUUCAGUCACUCUACACACUGAUGUUCAAACAAACCAACAAGACAGAAUGACAUGGUAUUUUAGUGACAUCCGCAUCGCUCAAAUCCGUGGAAAUCAGAAUAAAAUCUGUACAGAUGAACAGUGCAAAGAGAGAUUCGAAGACAGAUUGAAGCUGAACAAUCAAACAGGUGAUCUGACCAUCACAGACAUCAGAACUACAGACGCCGGGGUUUUUCAACUUCACACAAUCAGCAAAAGAAUCAUUCAAAAGUUCUUUAGUGUUACUGUUCUUGCUGUGUCUGGUGCAGAAACGGAUAAAACAAAUAGCAAGUCGGCGAUGGAGGGAGAAUCUGUCACUUUAGAUCCUGGUCUAGUAAAAAAUCCAAAUGAUUCGAUGACAUGGUUUUUUAAUGACAAUCUCAUUGCUAAAAUCGCUGGAGAUCAGAGUAAGCUCUGUACAGAGGAACAAUGUGAAGAGAGAUUUAAAAACAGACUGAAGCUGGAUCAUCAGACUGGAUCUCUGACCAUCACAAACAUCAACACCACAGACGCUGGAGUUUAUAAACUACAGAACAACAGCCACAUCCAUCCUCACCACAGCAUCAUCAGCAUCAAGAGAUUCAGCAUUACUGUCACGGAUUCGUCUGGCGUAGAAACAGAUGGAAUGUCAGUGUCAGUGAUGGAGGGAGAUUCAGUCACUCUACAAACUGAUGUAAAAUCAAACCAAGACAGAAUUAGAUGGUAUUUUAAUGGCAUUCGCAUCGCACAAAUCACUGGAGAUCAGAGUAAGAUCUGUACAGAUGAACAAUGUGAUGAAAGAUUCAGAGACAGAUUGAAGUUGGACUAUCAGACUGGAUCUCUGACCAUCAUGAACGUCAGAACCACAGAUACUGGAGAUUAUAAACUACAGAUCAUCAGGAAAAAAAUCAUCCAAAAGAUUUUCAAUGUUGCUGUUGGUGGUGUUCCUGCUGAUGGGCGAGAUGAAGUGAAGGAAAUGUCAGUGAAGGAGGGGGAUCCUGUUACUUUGAAUCCUGGUGAAAUAAAAAAGCCAAAUGAUGUAAUGAGAUGGUAUUUUAAUGACAUUCUCAUCGCUGAAAUCACUGGAGAUCAGAGUAAUAUCUGUACAGAUGAACAAUGUGAUGGAAGAUUCAGAGACAGACUGGAGCUGGAUCAACAAACUGGAUCUCUGAUCAUCACAAACUCCAGAACCACAGACUCUGGAGAUUAUAAACUUCAGGUCGUCCACAGCAUUCGUCGUCGUCACAGCAUCAGCAUCAUCAGCUUUAAGAGAUUCAGCAUCACUGUCAUUGGUCCAUCUUCAGGUCUUAUAGCAGGGAUAUGUGCUGCUGUUUUUCUCCUGCUGGUGAUUGCAGCUGUAUUUUAUUACAAGUACUUCUUCCACCGGAGGCGAAAGGGUGCAGUAGUGUGAGAUAUACUGUGCAAAUAUCGUAUUGUUAGAUAUAUUGUGCAAGAUUACUUUGUAAAUGAACAGUGAUAUGAAUACAUUUUGUAUUAGAAGGAUGUUAUGACUCUGCUUUAGGGUCAAGAUGUAGCAUAAAUGUACACUGUAAAUGGUUAUAAUCACUGUGUGAUAACGAUGAUUUGCCUUAACAUGAUUCAGAUAUGCUGGAAGCCCUGUUUUUUGGUGGGACCAGGGUUAUAGUAAACUGAAACAAAAACAGUGUUUUGUUUCUUGAAAUAAAAUAAAUGUUGCAUGAAGUAAAAUAAAAUAGUAACAAAAGCAUGUUUUUCAUUUAGUUGUCAAAGCAACAUUUCUCAUUUUUAUUGAACUGAGUUUAAUUUGUGCUAAAAACUGUGAUGAAAAUGGGUACACAUAUUUAAUUAAAUAAUUUUAAAAAUAAAUUUAUUAAAAUGUUUAAAGGCCCAGCAAAAUUAUGAAAACUGAAAAUAUUAAAACAAACAAACAUAAACAACUAUAAUAUAGUGUAACAACAGUAUAAUAGUAUGUCAGUGAUACUAAAAUAACACUGGGUGGCACUCUUGUUCACUUACUACCUUUUUUGCAUUUGUUUUGUUUGGUACUUGUUGUAAACUACCUCAAUAUAAGUACAUGGUGAAGCCUAUUUUUGUGUUGUAAAAGUUUUAGGAAAAGUCAUUUCUGUUUUAGAGUUUCAAACAUACUGUCAUACACAUAACUCCUUAAAAACCUGUUUUAGAAUAUUACAACAAUUAACUGAACAUUGAUGUUUUAGUUUUACUAAUUUAUCCAUUGUUUUAGAAAGCUGCUUAAAUAUUGUAAAUGAUCAGUGUGUGAUCAACAGAAUAAGUGAGACAUUUGUAGUCUGUUCUGAUCAUCAAGCUUGCAUUUAUUUGAUCAAAAGUAGAGUACAGUAAAAACAGUAAGAUUGUGAAAUAUUACAAUGAUUUAAAAUGACUGUUUUCUGUGUGACUGUAUUGUAAAAUUUUAUUUAUUCCUGUGAUCAAGCUGAAUUGUUAGCAUCAUUACUUCAGUAUCAUAUGAUUUUUCAGAAAUCAUUCGGAUAUGCUGAGCACUCCUGGAACUCAACCACAGACUCGGGUUUUGUACGAGUUUCCUCCUUUCUUAUGGCGACAGGUGUAUAGUCCACGUGCUCAUAUUCUGUAAUAUUCUCAUUCUGUAAAAAAAAAAAAAAAACAUGCAAGAUGUGAAAUAUUUUAAAUAAAA